AUGGACGAGAGCCCAGCCUGGGACCCUGAGCCCCGGGGCUCCUCUGGGAGGUGGCCUGCACCCCGGGAAGCCCGAGCAGGCCGGGCACUGUCCUCUGUGCUGAAUGAGCUCCCCAGUGCUGCUACACUUCGGUAUCGAGGCCCCGGGGUGCUGCCCUGGGGAGCCCUCCAGGAGGAGGACGGGGACCAGCAGUGGAGCUCCCAGGCCUUCGCUGAAGCUGCCCAAAAUGAACUGCAGGCCCACCCUUCCCGGGAACUGCCCUGGCCCAUGGAGGCCAGGCGAGCACACAGGCAGAGAUACACCAGGGACCAAGAGGCUCAAGCCUCGGGAUCCAGAGCCACCCACUGGGCCCGACAGCUUCGGAGAUCCAAAGAGAAGCUUCGGAAAGGCCUGCACACCUUGAAACCCUGGUCGUGGACGCUGAAGAAGAUAGGGGGCCAAUAUGGCGCUGGCACCGAGUCCUACUUCUCGCUGCUGCGCUUCCUGCUGCUUCUCAAUGUGCUGGCCUCCGUGCUCAAGGUGUGCUUGACGCUGCUGCCCACCUGGGUGGGACAAGCUCCCCCGGGGCCCCCAGGUGGCAACUCCACGACGUGUGGCACCUACAACCCCACACAACAGGGCCUGGUCUCCUUCUCCAGCCAACUCUUCAACUUGCUCUCGGGACAGGGCUAUCUAGAAUGGUCACCUCUCUUCUACGGGUUCUACCCGAGCCGCAACCCCCUGGCGGUCACCUACCUGUGCUCUGUCUUCGCCAUUGGCCUCCUCUGCCUGCUGCUCAUCCUGCAUCGCUCCGUGCGUGGGCUGAAGCAGACAUUGUUGGCUGAGUCGGGGGCUCUGACCAGCUACAGUCACCGGGUGUUCUCCGCCUGGGACUUUGGCCUCUGUGGAGAUGUCUAUGUGCAGCUGCGACAGCGCAACAUCCGCUUUGAGUUGCAGGUGGAACUGGAGGAAGCGAAGGUGCGGCAAAAGGCUGCAGUGCGGACCCUGGGGCAGCAAGUCAGGCUGUGGUCAGUGAGGGUGCUGCUCAACCUGGUAGUGAUGGCGCUUCUGGGCGCCGCCUUCUAUGGUAUCUACUGGGUUACGGAGUACACCGUGGAGCUAAAGAAAAUGGCCUUUGUCCAGAAGACACCACUGGUAGCGCUGGGGGUGGAUUACCUUCCGUCCGCCUUCAUUUCCGGGUUCAACUUCGUGCUGCCACCCGUGUUCAAGCUCCUCGCCCCGAUAGAGGGCUACACCAGGAGCCGCCAGAUUGCUCUUGUCCUGCUAAGGACGGUGUUUCUCCGCCUGGCCUCCCUGAUGGUCUUGCUCUUCUCUCUCUGGGAUCAGAUCACUUGCAGCGGCAAUCCUGAGGAAGAGCAGUGCAAACUCUGUGGCUAUAAUUCCAAAGAGUUUCCGUGCUGGGAGACUCGACUGGGGCAAGAGAUGUACAAACUUAUGCUCUUUGAUCUGCUGACUGGAUUCGCCGUCACGUUCCUCAUCCAGUUGCCCCUGAAGCUGUGCGGUGGCCUCUGUCCCGGAGCUCUGGGACGCAUGUUGGGAUCACGGGAGUUCCAGGUGCCCGACGAGGUGCUGGGGCUCAUCUAUGCACAGACGGUGGUCUGGGUGGGCAGUUUUUUCUGUCCUCUCCUGCCCCUACUCAAUGCGGCCAAGUUCCUGCUGCUUUUCUAUUUAAAGAAGUUCAUACUUUUUUCCGCCUGCUCCCCGGCCUCGCGCACCUUUCGAGCUUCCACUGCAAAUUUCUUCUUCCCUUUGGUCCUCCUCCUGGGUCUGGCCAUGUCUGCUGUUCCUGUUCUUUACAGCAUCUUCCUGAUCCCACCUUCUAAGCUGUGCGGUCCAUUCCGGGGACAGUCAUCCAUCUGGGACCAGAUCCCCAAAUCUAUUUGUGACCUCCCUGAGACGGCCCAGAAUUUUCUCUUCUUCCUGGGCACCCAGGCUUUUGCUGUGCCCCUUCUGCUGAUCUCCAGCAUCCUGAUGGCGUAUACCCUGGCUCUGGCUAACUCAUACGGACGUCUCAUCUCUGCACUCAAACGUCAGAUGGAGAUGGAAGCCCAGAAUAAAGUCUUCCUGGCACAGCGCGCCGUGGCGCUGAGCUCGGCCCGGGCGACUCUUUGACCUCCCAGACCGGCUGGGGUGACGUCCCACUCUGAGAUGCCCCAGGCGACGUCCUCUACAACACGGCACAACCGGAGAAGGCCCGCGCCCUUCCCACCCUGCGAUUCGGAGAGUUCCAGGGCCCCCAAGUCCCUGCCCAGUGUCUGUCCCCCCAGCAUCAAUAAACAGCGCUGAGGCGUC